CUUGACACUAUAGCUACAUUUAAUCUCAACAAUGGCAAUAGCACGCGUUGCUACCGAAUAUGUGUUUUCUGAUUUUUUAUUGAAAGAGCAGAGUGACUCUAAGUAUAAAGGCCUGCGUCUAGAACUGGCAACAGACAAACUGGUCACUUUUAUCGCGGUUGGGCUUCCUUUGUUACUCAUCUCCCUCGCCUUUGCUCAAGAAGUCUCUGUGGGUACUCAGAUCACAUGUUUUCCACCCACUAACUUCACAUUGAGACAGGCUGCAUAUGUGGACUCCUUCUGCUGGGCUGCAGUAGAGCAUCACCCUUCAGAAAAUGGAGCUGAUAGCGCCCCCCUUCAUCUACACAAGUUCUUUCCGUAUAUCCUUCUGCUGGUUGCAACCCUCAUGUAUAUUCCUGCUCUCUUCUGGCGCUUCACGGCUGCCCCUUCCCUAUCUUCUGACCUCAGUUUUAUCAUGGAGGAACUUGACCGUUGCUACAACCGUGCCAUCCGCCUCACCAAGAGCCUCACAACCAAACAUGACAAAGACAUUGCAGAAGACCCACACAGUGGUCUUGAAAUGACUGAAGUUUGUUUUAAGUACCCUCUUGUAGAGCAGUACUUAAAGACAAAGCGUUCAUCUUGGGCUUUGGCUGCAAAAUAUCUGCUUUGUCGGGUUUUAACAUUCCUCACUUUACUGCUGGCCUGCUUUUAUCUGACCUACUACAUCUUUUGGGUGUCACCCAGUGAUCAGUUCUCCUGUAACCUGCGCAGAGGUAUAUUAGUAAACGAGAGUGUGGUGCCAGAUGCAGUUCAGUGUAAGCUGGUGGCGGUGGGUGUUUUCCACCUGCUAAGUUGCAUGAAUCUGGUGGUGUAUUUACUGCUAGUACCGGCUGUGGUUUACGCUGCCUUCCAACCUGCUUGUCAGCACCAGCGCGCUCAGUUCCUCCGUCCAUACCACCUGCUGCCUGCUUUCGGUCACGUGCUGGAUUUGCAGCCUACCACUCGCCGUUAUGAUGACCUCAGCAUCUACCUGCUGUUCUUGGAGGAAAACCUGAGUGAGCUUAAGAGCUACAAAUGUUUGCAGGUGUUGGAGCUGCUGUCAGAGGGAGGGGAAGCUGCAUUUGACACCAUGUGUCUCCUCAGGACUCUAGGACAAGUGAAGACUGACAUGGUGGACAGAAAACAAGCCCAAACUGGAAAUGGAAAUGCAGAGAAAGAAAUCUCUGAAAUGAAGGAUGCCUCUUCUGUUCUGCUGAAUGAUGGAGGACAGACAGAAAAAAGCUGCGGCUGUGUGGAAGAUGUAAGACACAGGGUGGUCUAAAAUAUAACAAAGUCAAAUCAAAUGACAAACAAUGAGUUUACACAUUUUAAAUAUGAAGGAUAUGUAAGAUUAUGUAAUGCUUGUAUAUAACUGAUUAUUUACUAAUUUACUAACUGAAGAACUGAUCUGCAUGAGGUUUUUAUGUCUUAUAUUAAUAGAAAUGGGAUGAAUGUUUUUAUAACUUGAUGAAGUUAUUAUUUGUGAGGUUGACUAAUGUUAAGACCCUAUCGUAUGCAUUAUGAAAACAAUGUUACAAGAUAUAUUUUGGGGUGUCCUUUGUAGGUGCAGUUUUGUUGCAACAAUGAGAGAGAAAGAAACUAAAUGGGUAAUUAAGAUUACUAACAACUAACUUCUGGACAUGUUGCUUCUUGGUAACAAACCAUUUAAAUAAUUCCUCUUAACACAAUUAAUUUAAAUAAUAAAAAAUGGCUGCAAGAGUAUAAUGUGACCAAGAAAUCUUAAGAAGUCUUCUCUUCAUAAACCACACAAUGCUAAUGUUUAUAUGCAUCAUCUUGCAAAAUUGUGGUGCAGAGGCAACAUCAUAAAACAGUUCAGAUAGAAGGGAUGUAUGCAUGUAAUUUUAUGAUGCAUGCAAACCCAAGAUUUGGCUGGGUAAGACUUAACCAUUUCUAGAUGUACUAAUGCACUGCCUAUGCAAAAAGCAAUAAUCAAACUCAAAUAAUCAAUCAAAUAACUCAAUAAUCAUAUCAAAUGUAUGAUAUGUAUAAAAUUAUGUAUAUGUAUAAUAAUUUGUAUUUAAUUUCUUAAUAUUUUUAGUUAUAUUAGUGUAUUUAUUUGAUGUUUGUGUCAGAGAUGUUGUAGUUCUAAUUGUAAUUUUUGGUUUUAUGUGACGUCUUCUUACCUUAAUUUCUAGAUGAUAAAUUGCAUGUCUUCAGAGGUGAGCUCUUCAAAAAUGGUGCUUGUAAUCCUAAAAAGUGACUUUCAGUCUUUCAGUGACUUCAUUCACGGAUGUAGAAAAUACUUACUUGUAAUGCAAUAAAAAUCACUUCAUUUCCCCCUUACAUCUGUAUUUUUCUCUGUUAUCAUGGAUUUAUAUACCUUCAGUACAUAAAGUUCAGCAAUAAAGUUUGUUCAGAUAUAUUUCGGUAAACCAGCGUCACAUGCUCAUUUAGUCCUAAAUAUCAAAUAUUGUUUUAUGGCUAAGCUCCUGAAAUUCAUAAUGAGGUGGCUUUAACAGUUACAGACUCAGGAAAAACAAAGAAGUGGAAAUAAGGACCAAAAACAAAGAAUCAUUUAAAGGUUUAGUUCACCAAAAAAUGAAAAUUAUGUCAUUAAUGACUCACCCUCAUGUCGUUCCAAACCCGUAAGACCUCCGUUCAUCUUUGGAACACAUUAAAUGGAACGGUUACAUGUAAAGAACCACUAAAUAUUUAUUUAUUUUUUUUUCUUGUAGCAUAGAGUGUAGUUGUCAUUGCUUGAAAAUGUCACAUAGAGGAUGUCACAAAUAUUACACUACUAAUGAGACAUCUGAUCCCAUUAUCUCGAGAAUGAGACAUCCUGCUAUUUCACUCACAAUCUUUACAAAGAAAAGUCACCAGCUGUCACCUUCUAGCAGAUCCAUGAUCAGGUCGUUCUGUGGAAACUUCUACUCUCAACAAUUAUUAACAAUUAACCAAAACCCACUUGAGCUCGUCAGUUCAGGCCACUAGACCUGCGUGAGCACCAGAAUGUGUUUGUCUUUGGUGAGCAUAGUAGCACUCAGGAGUUAAU